AUGCCAAAAAAGCCUGCCGAUGGAAACAAACCUCGUGGACCUAUAACAGCAUAUGCUUUAUUCGUUCGUACAUGUCGAGACGAGUUACGUCGAAAACAUCCUCAAUUAUCUGUCGAUUACAACGUUAUUGCAAAGAAAUGUUCCGAACGUUGGAAGGCAAUGAAUGAAAGUGAAAAACGACGUUUCAAUGAAACAGCCGAAUUGCAACGAAAACGAUACAAGGAGGAACUUGCUACGUAUCAGCAAGAACAAUCUGCUAAGCAACAACAACAACAACAGCAGCAGCAACAACAACAACAACAGCAGCAGCAACAAACGGUACCAGCAUCGAUUCUACUUCAAACACCAGCAACACAAUAUCUUGUUGAAUCAUCUCAACAGCAGCAGCAUACAUUGAUUAUGCCAACUCCUGUUCAACACGCGUUGGCGACUAUGCCGAAAAAGCCGGCAAAAAAACGGAAACCAAAAGAUCCUCUAGCACCAAAGAAACCAUUGUCAGCGUACUUUCUCUUUUGUGCUGAUGAACGGCCCAAAGUUCAUAGUUCUCAAUCAGGCAUGUCAGUAAGCGAUGUGGCUCGUGAACUGGGUGUACGAUGGAAGAAUACUCCUGCUGACUUGAAAAGUAAAUACGAACAAGCAGCAUCUGAAAAGAAACAUGUUUAUCAAGCUGAAAUGGCUCUUUAUAAGCAUCAGACAUCCUCAGGCUCGUCUCCACCGGAAACUCCGCAAACUCCAUCGACACCGCAUGAUUACCAGUCUACAUUUACGUCGUUACCUAUUCAACAAUUGGUACCAUUACAAUACGACCCCAAUGAAAAUCCAUCAGAAUUCGAUUUGAUUACAAAUGGACACGAAGAUCCAUUGUAG